AUGUCCAUAUUUCGUCCCUUCAAGAUCUUUGCACCCACCCCGAUCCUAGGGUACGGUUACAAUGUGGACGAGUUUUGGCACACGAUAAUUGAAGACGCCCCCGAGGCAAUCAUCGCGGAUGGCGGGUCGACCGAUCCUGGGCCAUACAUGCUUGGAACUGGGAAGACUCUCUGCACAAACGCAUCGAUCACGAGGGACAUCACGCCAUUUCUGGAAGCAUGCGCAAAUUAUAAAACAAAGGUGCUAAUCUCCUCUGCAGGGGGUGCUGGCAGCAACGAACAAGUGGAUCAACUGGUCGACAUCAUUGCGGGCAUCGCUGAGCUCAACUCAUGGCUUUUCCGGGUAGCCGAGAUCAAAUUCAAAGACGAUCGCACGACUUUCUUGCAAAAGUUCCGAACAGGGAAGAUAAAGUCAUGUUCCUCCAGUCCUACGAUAAAGGAGCAAGAUAUCGUUAACGCAACGAAGAUAGUCGCCCAAAUGGGCGCCGAGCCAUUCUUGGAAGUCCUGAAGAACGAUGACGUUGAUAUCAUUAUAGCGGGAAGAUCCUACGAUCCUGCCCCGUUCGCGGCAUACUGUCUGUACAAGGGAGUAGAUGUGAGCCCUGCUUGGCAUGUUGGCAAGAUUAUCGAGUGCGGAGGGCAAUGCUCGACGCCAAAAGGACGCUCGAUCGUGGCGACAAUGCUCAAAGACUCUUUCAUCCUUACUCCUACAGAUCCAAUCGGCCGCUGCACUUCCGUCUCUAUCUCUGCCCAUACUAUGUACGAGAAGACGCGACCGGAUCAGCUACCUGGACCCGGGGGAGUCCUCCAUCUCGACAAGUGCACCUACACUCCGCAAGGGGACGGCCGAAGCAUCCUGGUCAAAGGCUCUCGGUUUGUUCCUACACCUGAAUAUGAAAUUAAACUUGAAGGAGUUGAGCAUCUUGGUUACCGGACAUCCUUCAUUGCCGGGAUCAGAGACCCUAUCCUCAUCGCCGGUAUCGAGAAAUUUCUCGAGACAGUCAGAAGGUCCACGAGCGAGCAAUUCCCAGAGCUUGGCACCGAGAGAGGCCCACAGCUGAUUUUUCACCUCUACGGCAAGAAUGCUGUCAUGGGUGGAUUGGAACCUAAUACGAGCACUCCCCACGAGAUUGGAAUCAUGGGGGAGGCAGUAGGCCAAUCUCAAGAGGUGGCAGAUGCCAUUGCAGGCUUCUCAAGAACCGCCCUUUUACACGGGGCCUAUGACGGCCAGAUGGCAACCGCAGGCAACAUAGCCUCGCCUUUGACCCCCCUAGAGUCGCCCUUAGGACCCGUCUUCAAGUUCAGCAUCUACCACCUCAUGCAGGUCGACGAUCCUACUGAUCUGUUUCCCAGAUCCACGACCACAGUCGGCAACAAGACGAAGGAGACAGAGCGUAACGUCACGCAACGGAAGUUGCCUCAGCUUCCUAAAAUUGUUCAGCAAAAGAGCCAGAGCUCUACAAAGAUCACGGUCCUAGGGCUGCGGAGAAGAACUGCUGACCGAGGGAAGACUAUGAUCCGGAACAUGGCCUACGUGGUCCGCUCCAAGAAUUCUGGACCGUUCGAGGUAACACUGGACAUCUUGUUCUUAAGCCGUGCCGACUUCGAUCGUGCCAGGGAGUCCGAGGUUCUUACCCCAGAGCUCAUCCAGAAUAUUUACCAUCUGAAAUCCGCAGAAGAAAUCAUUGUCUGCAUGUUCUUUGAGCCAGCAUUAGCCUGGAAGUGUACAUUCAAAAGGCCAUGGCCACAGGGUAGUAUUGGAGAGCGGGACACGUUCGGGGCCCAGUUGCACGCUCCGAUGCUGGAUGUAGAGAUUCCCGCUGAUGGACAACGUGCAAAACUUUAG